AUGCGCACCAUCGCGUGCAAUACCAUGGCUCGUAAGAGUGCCAUUGGGGAUGUGCUUCCCUUGCUGCCAGGAAGCCGGCAGCACCCUAACCGUUUAUCGGUAUAUUCUGAACCUGGCAAAAACAAAAAAAAAUCCGCGAACCUUCUCGCCAGUGAGAAUUGCUUCGCCCACGCCGAAAGCCCCCCCCGCAACGUGUGCCACCGCGCCGCCCCCAUGCGUCACGCCCGGAUCGGCGAAGCGGGGCGACGCUUUCAGCACAACAGGCCGUCAUUGGUGGGUGGCGCCCCGGAGGCGACCUCCCCAUUGCGCGCUGCCGCCUCUUCGGGGGGGGGGCGUCUUUGUGACGAUUCCUGCUUGUUGGCUGGGCGGGGUGCGCCGCUUAUGGAAAUAAGGUGGCGCCAGCCCGCCGCUUACGGCGGUGGGGCCGAGCAGGCCCCGGGGAGUUUUUUGACAUCGCUCCUGGAAAAAAAUAUGGCGUGCCCCGGUUUCCCCGCCACCUUCCCCACACCACGCGUCACGAUAGUAUGCCUUAGAAAUCUACAGCGGCAAAUUUUUUAA